GCAAAGAGCAAUAAAAAAAAAAAAACGAAAAAGAAAAAACUGCGCACACACUCAGAUACACUCCAGUGGCGACAGGGGAGAGUUGGAAAGACGCAGGAGAGAAGCUGGAGGCAGGAGGCAGCGGGGAUGGAGCGAUGGGAGCGGGAAGCAGGCAGGUUCCCUCGUAAAUCCCCCACCAGCCUCACGCCGCCUCGCCGGCCCCGGCAGGGGAGCGAGAAGCCGGCGAACAGAUGGAGUGGAGCUCGUUCUAGGCAGCGGGCUUGGCCGGAGAAUGGAGGAGCCACCAAGCGACCGGCUGAUUGGAAGAGAAACGCAGAGCGAUGGAGGCGGGGGUAGGAGGACGAUUUCUCUGCGGGGACUGGCAGCCGCGUACACGCCCGGGUCGGGCGCUGCAGAGCUUGGCUGGCUUUCAACCCGCGCUCGCCGGCUCCAGCCCCGCGCGCCCCCACCCCCAAGCCCUCACGGCGGCUCCGCAGAGAGUGAGGAAGCUUUGACCCCGGGUUGCCCGGCCUGCACGACCGAGGAGGUGGCUGGACAGCUGGAGGAUGAACGGAGAAGCCGACUGCCCCACAGACCUGGAAAUGGCCGCCCCCAAAGGCCAAGACCGUUGGUCCCAGGAAGACAUGCUGACUUUGCUGGAAUGCAUGAAGAACAAUCUUCCAUCUAAUGACAGCUCCAAGUUCAAAACCACCGAAUCACAUAUGGACUGGGAAAAAGUGGCAUUUAAAGAUUUUUCUGGAGACAUGUGCAAGCUCAAAUGGGUGGAAAUUUCUAAUGAGGUGAGGAAGUUCCGUACUUUGACAGAAUUGAUCCUUGAUGCUCAGGAACAUGUUAAAAAUCCUUACAAAGGCAAAAAACUCAAGAAACACCCAGACUUCCCAAAGAAGCCCUUGACUCCUUAUUUCCGCUUCUUCAUGGAGAAGCGGGCCAAAUAUGCAAAACUCCACCCUGAGAUGAGCAACCUGGACCUGACCAAGAUUCUGUCCAAGAAAUACAAGGAGCUUCCAGAGAAGAAGAAGAUGAAAUAUAUUCAGGACUUCCAGAGGGAGAAACAGGAGUUCGAGCGAAACCUGGCCAGAUUCAGAGAGGAUCACCCUGACCUAAUUCAGAAUGCCAAGAAGUCGGACAUCCCCGAGAAGCCCAAAACCCCCCAACAGCUGUGGUACACCCAUGAGAAGAAGGUGUAUCUCAAAGUGCGGCCAGAUGCCACUACGAAGGAGGUGAAGGACUCCCUGGGGAAGCAGUGGUCUCAGCUCUCGGACAAAAAGAGGCUGAAAUGGAUUCAUAAGGCCCUGGAGCAGCGGAAGGAGUACGAGGAGAUAAUGCGGGACUAUAUCCAGAAGCAUCCUGAGUUGAACAUCAGUGAGGAGGGUAUCACCAAGUCCACCCUCACCAAGGCUGAACGCCAGCUCAAGGACAAGUUUGAUGGGCGACCCACCAAGCCACCUCCGAACAGCUACUCACUGUACUGUGCAGAGCUCAUGGCCAACAUGAAGGAUGUGCCCAGCACAGAGCGCAUGGUGCUGUGCAGCCAACAGUGGAAGCUGCUCUCCCAGAAAGAGAAGGAUGCCUACCAUAAGAAGUGCGACCAGAAAAAGAAAGAUUAUGAGGUGGAACUGCUCCGUUUCCUGGAGAGUCUGCCCGAGGAGGAGCAGCAGCGGGUCCUAGGGGAGGAGAAGAUGCUGAACAUCAACAAGAAGCAAGCCACCAGUCCGGCCUCUAAGAAGCCAGCCCAGGAGGGGGGCAAGGGCGGCUCCGAGAAGCCUAAGCGCCCCGUGUCGGCCAUGUUCAUCUUCUCUGAGGAGAAGCGGCGACAGCUGCAGGAGGAGCGGCCUGAGCUCUCUGAGAGCGAGCUGACCCGCCUGCUGGCCCGAAUGUGGAACGACUUGUCUGAGAAGAAGAAGGCCAAGUACAAGGCCCGAGAGGCGGCGCUGAAGGCGCAGUCGGAGAGGAAGCCUGGCGGGGAGCGCGAGGAGCGGGGCAAGCUGCCUGAAUCACCCAAGAGAGCUGAGGAGAUCUGGCAGCAGAGUGUAAUCGGCGACUACCUGGCCCGCUUCAAGAACGACCGGGUGAAAGCCUUGAAAGCCAUGGAGAUGACCUGGAAUAACAUGGAGAAGAAGGAGAAACUGAUGUGGAUAAAGAAGGCAGCCGAAGACCAAAAGCGAUAUGAGAGAGAGCUGAGUGAGAUGAGGGCACCUCCGGCUGCUACAAACUCUUCCAAGAAGAUGAAGUUCCAGGGAGAACCCAAGAAACCUCCCAUGAACGGUUACCAGAAGUUCUCCCAGGAGCUGCUGUCCAAUGGGGAACUGAACCACCUGCCGCUGAAGGAACGAAUGGUGGAGAUUGGCAGCCGCUGGCAGCGAAUCUCCCAAAGCCAGAAGGAGCACUACAAAAAGCUGGCUGAGGAGCAACAAAAGCAGUACAAGGUGCACCUGGACCUCUGGGUCAAGAGUCUGUCUCCCCAGGAUCGUGCAGCAUACAAAGAAUACAUCUCAAAUAAACGUAAGAGUAUGACCAAGCUACGAGGCCCAAACCCUAAGUCCAGCCGGACUACCCUACAGUCCAAGUCGGAGUCCGAGGAGGAUGAUGAUGAGGAUGAAGAUGAUGAGGAUGAAGAUGAAGAAGAGGAAGAUGAUGAGAAUGGGGACUCCUCUGAGGAUGGUGGUGAUUCCUCUGAGUCUAGCAGUGAAGAUGAGAGCGAGGACGGAGAUGAGAAUGAGGAGGAUGAUGAGGAUGAUGAUGAUGAGGAGGACGAUGAUGAAGAUGAAGACAAUGAGUCAGAGGGCAGCAGCUCCAGCUCCUCCUCUUCAGGGGACUCCUCAGACUCUGACUCCAACUGAGGCUCAACCCACUCAGGGCAGCCACAGAGAGCCCAGGAGCUCCCCUCCCCAACUGACCACCUUUGUUUCUCCUCCAUGUUCUUUCUGUCCCCUGCCCCCUGGCCUCCCCCACUUUCUUUCUUUUUUUUUUUUUAAACAAAAUAUGGUGGGGGUAGGGGGCUAAAGGAGCCCAGGCCAGGACUCUACAGCCUCAAAAGACAUCAACCCUGGGGGGUCCUCCAGCAAGAGCAACCAUCAGACUGAGCCAGCACUGGACAGGCCUGGUCCACCCCACCCACUUCUGCACUUACGGUUCCGGCAUGGACAAUGGACCGGGGAGUGGGGGGGAAGGUCCCAAAGAGUUUGAUGAGGCUCUCCACACCUGCAGCCCAACCCAAGGUGGGGUGGAGCUCGGGGAAGACCCCUUCCUUCCUAGAGGGGCUUGCUGCCUGGACCCCUGCAUUGAAACAAGGCAGGGAACAUGUGGGAAGAGGAGGGCAGGUGCUGUUGAGAAAACAGACACUGCUCUGAUGGCCCUCUCUCCUGCCCCCUGCAGGAAGGAGCUGCCUGGACCCAUUUAUGGGGGAGGGGGCAGAAGUGUUUUUUAUAUAUGUGUAUAUAUUUUUUUUUUAAGCUCUGAGCUGUCAACGAGACGUUUCCUACCGAUCUCGGCUGCCGUCUCUGUUGUCAUUUCUGGGAGAGGGAGGGCUUAGAGGGUAGGUUUGGAACUUUUUAAAAAUGGUCUUGAUGUGUGUGGGGGAGAGAGUGUGUGUAUGAGUGUGUGUGUCCUGUACAUAGCAUGGGUGCACCUGUGGUGUGUGCAAGUGUGUGUGUGUGGAAGGGGGUCUGUUCUGGAGCCCACUACAGUUUUUGUGAGUCUGGAAUAGGGUUCAUGAGGGCCAUGAUGACCCUGGAGGACCAGGAUGACUGGUGGGAACAGGCUGAAGCUACCCCUUCUACAUCCUCUGCUUUGCCCAGUUUGAUUCUAUUUGGAGGAGUGUCCUGAAGCCAUUCUCUGGUGCUUCCUAGACCAGUUUCCCUCUGCCAGGGUCAUGUUCAUCUGAGCUGUGCUGGUCUGUCUAGCAGGGGAGGUGAGGGGGGAAAUGGUGUGAACCUUAAAGCUUCUAUUUGGUGGGGACCCCCCCCCCCCGCCCCAAGCGCACAUGAGAGGUCUGCCUGGCCAACGUUGGCUCAUAACCUGAGCUUCAAGAAGUGUGUUGGGGGCUCUUGCACAUCCUUCCUACCUUCCCCAUAUCCUCCAGCUGCCCCCUAUUUCCUUUGAUUUCUCAGGUCUGCUCUCUCCUCCCCCCAACCCCACAGCUGGAGAAGUCUGCAAAAGCUGCUUCUGCAGCUGUCUCUUAACUCUUCCCAGACAUCUCAAAUUUUUUGGUACCCUGAUCCCUUGAUUCUUAAUAAGCCAAGCCACCUUAUCUCUGUGGACUUAAUUUUUUUGUUGACUAAAUUUAGGGGUUUCCCUUUUUGUUUUUACAAUCACGUCAGUGACCUAUUUAACUGGGGCUUUGUGCUCUUCCACCUUCCCCCUCUGAAUGAAAGCCACGGACUGGGGGAAGAGUGGGGACUCUGCCAAGGAGGCAGGGCAGAAAAGGUGAGGGCCCAAGCCCCAAGAAGGCUGGUGGGUCCCUCUCCCAAGGAAGGCAGAGAUGAUCUCUGCUUUGCUUUGGACUGUGGUGCUGGGUGUGGGAGGACACUCCCCACUCCUACUCCCCUUCCUUUGUCCUGAUCCUGGAAUUAGGUACAGGGCUCCUAUUUCUUCCUGAGAGCCCCUGCAAAGAACCCCACUUUCUUGUUUGCCCCUGCACUGUUGUGUUUUAGUGGAAUGUGUUUUCAUUUUAAAACAACUUUGAAAGGGGCACUCUUUUUUUUCCUGUUUUAAAAAUUGAAAAAUUCUUACAGUACAAACAGGGCUGUGGGGGGUGGGGGUGUUGGUGCUGUAAGAGGUCACUCUUGAGUGCAUUUUGGCACUGGGAUGGAAUGGCUGGGGUGGGAGGACCCCCGUUCCCCCCACAUUUUUUUUCUAAUAUUUAAGGCGUGUUUUGUAGGUUUCAACAACAACCACAACUUGAAUUUGUAUCAUGGGAAGUGGGAGGGAGCGGCUUAGAGUUGUCUGCCUAAGCUUAAGGCCAACUGUGGAGUUUUGUUUUCCCGUUUUUUGUAUAAUAAAGUGAAAAACAAAGGUU